GAGCGCCUGUGGAAUAAGACACUUAAAGUGAACCCGGACACUGAAGACGCACUUUUUAAAAACAUUUUUGGACACUUAAGCCGAAACUGCUUUUUCUGGCGUUUUGCUUUCAGGAUACACUGUUUCGCAUUGUUUUUGUUUUUUUUUCCUACCGGUGAGGCGUUCAAAAGCGGCGGGGAAAUUACACCUCCAAGAGUUUUUGAUUAACUUUAUUUUUAAAAGGAGAAUUGAAGAAGACACAAUGGCAGAGACGUCGGCCGCUCCAGCCAAAGCAAAACGGGCGUCGAAACCAAAGAAACCCACGUCGCAUCCAAAGUACUCGGACAUGAUUAAAGCGGCUAUUGUUCACGACUCGAGUCGGAACGGAGCGUCCCGUCAGUCCAUCCAGAAGUACGUGAGGAAAAACUAUAAAGUGGGCGACAACGCCGAUGUCCAGAUCAAGAUGGCCCUGAAGAGGCUGGUGGCGUCCGGGAUGCUGCGCCACACCAAAGGCAUCGGCGCGUCCGGGUCCUUCCGGCUCACCAAGCCGGAGGACUCCAAAAAGCCCCCAGCCAAGGCGCCGACUGCGGCCAAGCCCAAAAAAGUGGCCAAACCCAAACCCAAGAAGGCGGCCAAGCCCAAGAAGGUGACCAAGACGCCCGAGAAACCCAAGAAGGCGGCCGUCAAGAAAGUGAAAAAGGUCGCGAAGAAGGCGACACCUGCGAAGACCAAGAAAGCGCCGGCGAAGAAGCCCAAAGCGGCCAAAGCCAAGGCGAAACCAGUGAAGAAGACGGCCAAGCCCAAAGCCAAGACACCCAAGAAGGCUGCGAAGACUUCCAAAAAGAAGUGAAUGGACUCUUUCUGAAACUCACUGUAAAUACUUGAGGAUUUUUUUUCGUAUAUGUAUUAUUUUUGUAAGAUUUCAUGCAAAAAGUCUGUUUAUACUUGUAGUUUUUUUUCCUCCAUCCGUUGCAGCAUCAAUAGACUGUAAAACUAACUGUGGACAUUUUCAUUCUGUUGAUAUUCAAGUCUGAGGAAAAUGUGUAUAUUUAUACAUAUAUAUAAAAUAUACAGCUGAACUAAUGAGUAGUUAUUGUUGGUGCUCAACAAUAACUAUUCAAACAUCCCAACGUGUUAAAAACUAUUUGCAAUGUAUGUCAAUAAAAACAACUUCAACUUGUCCUCAUUUUACACAAA